GUAGAGCGGCAAUCCGGGAGACUGACCGUGAAUCACAUGAGACACAAGAAAAACACAAGGAAAACAGACAACUUCAUCAGAUAUCAUGUUUGCUGACAGUAUGAUGUGGUGUAAUGUAUCCGUGUGCGAGAGCUGCAACAUGAUGCCAGCAGAUGAGGAGCGGUCCGACCUGCGACGCCGCUGACUAUUUGACAGGUGGGGAGGUGAUGUCUUCAGGGUUGACUGCGUUGUGUCUCCUGCUCCUGCACACUGGAGCUCAGGGUUUUGGGAUUUUGCCAGGAGAUUCUCUGAGUCACCUGGAAAUCACCGAGAGUGCGAUUCUUAAUGUCACCGUGCAGGUUUGCCGUGCUCUGGCCCAAGCUGAAGGGACAGACUUCACUCCUCCUCCGCAGCCUUUCACUGCAGAGACUGUUGCUGUGGCCUGUGGUGCACCACAGUCGUCCAAGAGUUACCGCCAAGCCAUUCAAUUCAUCAUACUGAGGAAUGUACGGGUGGACAUCCGUCAUGCCCUCAAUGCAAGCUUCCACUUUGAUGAAGAAAUGUUUGAUCAAGGAAGGAAAAUCAUCACUGAGGGAAUAGUGGCCGUCAAAGCAAGCAACAAGCAAGAAAACUACGAGGCAGCGAGACAGAAAAUAGGAGAGAUUUUCCAUCCUUUACAGGACUUCUACAGUCAUAGUAACUGGCUGGAGGUCGGGAACACACUCCCAAACCCCAACCUGAUAAGAUCAGACGUCAGCAUUGGUAACGUAGCAGAUGUAAGCAGAGCGACGUGUCGCAACUGUGAUGGGGACGACUGCAGGAACAACAUCUUGGAGGACAUCAUAGAGGGGAAGGUCCUGACCUCUGGAUAUUUUGGUAUUGUGCCUAUAGUCUCAACCAAACCAAGAGGAAAAUGCAGUCACGGAGGAGGAGUUGAUCAAACAAGCACCAUCGAACCUACAGGUGGGAUCAACAAAGACUCGUUCAGCGCAAGCCACGGACACCUCCACACUGCCGCAGCAAACAUGGCAAUAGCUGCAACCAGUCAGCUGCUGGAGGACAUACGAGGGGCUGCUGGUGACAGACCAUUCCUCAAGAUGAUGGGAAUCUCCAAAGGAUCCAGUAAAGCUCUUUGUUUUGUGAUUGACACCACACAAAGCAUGAGUGAUGACAUUGCAGCAGUAAGGACCGUCACUGCCUCUAUAAUCAACAGUGACGUGGGAACAAUAGAUGAGCCUGCAGUUUACAUUCUUGUACCUUUCAACGAUCCAGAUUUUGGGCCGCUGAUAAAGACUACAGACCCAAACGUCUUCAAGACUGUCGUUAAUUCACUUACAGCAGCCGGUGGAGGAGAUGACCAGGAACUGAGUCUUUCAGGUCUUCAGCUGGCUUUAGCCGCCGCUCCUUCAAAUUCUGAGAUCUUCCUCUUCACGGACGCACCCGCUAAAGACAAAAACCUGAAAAGCACAGUGAUCGCACUCAUAGAGCGGACACAGUCAGUGGUGAUCUUCAUGAUUACUGGCUCAACGGUAGUCAAUCGUAGGGGACGGAGCGUUGAACAGAAACAACAAAAGAUAUCCGAAGCAGACGCCCAGCUGUACAGAGACGUGGCUCAGGCUUCGGGAGGUCUGGUUAUUGAAGUCGCAAAGAGUGAGCUCCCUUUGGCCACCAGCAUCAUAGCGCAGUCCUCCAACUCUUCUCUGGUGACCCUUCUGCAGGCAGCCAGGAGCCCAGGAAAGACGGAUACUUUCUCUUUUAGAGUUGAUGACACUGUAAUAAACCCUACAGUUUACAUCACUGGGCGCUCCUUCAACUUCACUCUCACCAGCCCCACAGGUGAAUCUCAGCAAAGCACCGACACAACGGGAUCAUUGAUCACUGCAUCCCAGUCGGUGGGAAACUUCCAGACUGUGCAACUAAAAAAAAUAACUGGACUGUGGAAGAUGAAAAUGGCGUCAACUAAUCCAUACUCGCUGAGGGUCGUAGGUCAGAGUCCCAUUGACUUCCUGUUUGACUUUGUUGAGAUGUCACAGGGCCCGUUUGGAGGAUUUGAUGCUCUUGACACACGUCCCAGAGCUGGUGUCAACGGCAGCUUGUUGGUGUCUUUAACGGGGAGUGACUCUGCCACGUUGACAGAAGUCGCUCUGGUUGAAUCGUCGGGGUCGGAAGAGAUUAAAGGAGUCGUGGAGGCUCAGGGGAGCGGAAACUUCUUAGUUAAAAUUAACAGGAUACCGUCAGUGGCGUUUGUGGUGCGGGUUAAGGGACAUGGUGACAUCACCAUAGCAUCAACAGUCUUCCAAAGGCAAACACCCACCAACUUCAGAGCUUCUAAUCUGACUAUUACUGCUGAUUCAAAUGCCAUCUUGGUACCAGGAACACCAUUCUCUGUGCCCUUCACUGUGACGACCAGUGGAGUAGGGGGAAACUUCACCAUCCGAGCCACCAACAGCCGAGGUUUUGACUCAACAUCUCCAACCCGUUUAUUUGUGGAAACUGGAAACAGUACUAACGGUACAGUGACCAUGUCAGCACCUCUUAACACCCCGUCUGGUUCUGACGUCACCCUGGCCAUUGAGGCCGAGGCUCCGGGGGGUGAAGACACAAACUAUAUCGUGCUGCGUUUCUCCAUCGUUAACACGGUGACUGAUUUCAUUCAGCCGGUGUGCCAGCUGCUCAGCCUGGAGACCAACUGCUCUGAUAUCUGCAGCUUAGAGAUGUGGAAGUUCUCUGCUCAGGCGUCUGAUGGGGAUGACGGAACGGGUGUCGACAGCGUUAGCCUCAGACGGGGCAACGGGACCUUGAACACCAGCCUGGCCGCUGGCAACGAGAACAUAACACUGGUGUCUUACAGUUCGUCUUGCUGUUCACCUGAUAUGGAGAUGCUGGUUGUGGAUCGAGUGGGUAAUGUCGGCGUCUGUUCCUAUAAUUUCCGGGACACUCCGUCUUCGUCCACCAAAGUAAUUCCGUCGUUUCUUCUUUGGCUAAGCAUAGUGGUACUGGGGCUCCGUGUACAGACAGAACUGGGCAUCCAGUGACUCCAUGAGGGUCACCUGUAGUGGAAAACACAACACAGAAGAGAGACAUUUUUAAAGAACAGUUUUUUAUUGUCAUAAUGUAUAAUCAUUUACAGAACACAAUGUUUUGCUCUUUCGCAUUUUUUUCUCCUGUUAACUUUGAACACUAUUUACACUUUGAAAAUUAUUCAGAUAGACUUAAUGAAUUGGUCUGUAAUCGUCUGAUAUGGAGUGUGGGGUGUGCAUGAGUGUGCUUGCUUUAGGCCUGCAUGAUAUGCGAUGAUGAUAUGACUUGCAAUAAAUAAACAAAUAUUGGUGUGCAUAUUAGCUAUACAUAUAUUUUAAAUAUAACUAUGCUAAAUGUUGUUUCUAGAGCAGCAGUAGAAAUGUUUAUAAAAGCAAAGUCACUAUAUAAACUGCUAUCUCACUGGAAUAAAAAAUUUGAAUAAAAUAAAUAAUACUGAGUGACAUCA